UCGAAGUCUUUAUAAUGAGAAUCGACUUAUCAAAACCAUAGAAAAAGGCACAAAACUUAUAACUAAUAUUUCAGAAGAUGAGUUCAUUCCUCGAUCAAUAAUUCUAAAUCAGCUCAAAGAAAUUCUUCAACCGACCAAAUAUCAUUCAUCUUAUCAUAUGAUUUGUGUUUUUUGGAUGACAUUUGGGGAAGCACUAAAUUUUGCAUUUGAGGAGGAUAUAACUCUUACAAGACAACUGAUACGAAAAAUAGGUGGUGGUACUACUAAUGACGAAUCUAAUAUUUAUAUGCUGACGGGUAUACAAGUGGGUGUAUCUCGAUGUAAUGCAAAGAUACAAAAAGGAGUAAUCGAUGCUGAUUCAAGUCUUCGAGAACUUUUUCACAUCGAUGCUGCUGAUCAUCUUGUUUCUUUGGCAAGUAAAUAUAUUUUGUUGGAGUUGGGUUCACCGG